UUCAUUCAACCUUGUUCUUAUUUUCGAGGUUGUUGUUUCUUUAGCAUAUAAAGCUAAAAAAGAACAUACAUAGGAAUUGAAACUUUCAACCUACCAGCCAAUUAAAAAGUGAUAAAUCGAAGUUUUUUCAAGAUGUUUUCUGUUCUUCUUUAGCACAACGGACACUUAAUUUGGUGACACCAAUUUCAGAGAAUUAAUAUGGCCUCAGUGCUAUUGCUCGGUGCCAUUAUAAUCCUGCUGAACCUCACAUCUAUGUCAUCGGCGCAACCUAACCACAAAUGCAGAACACAUUGUGGUGACAUUGAAAUUCCCUACCCAUUUGGCAUUGGUAUUGGUUGCGCCAUCGAACAGAGGUUCGAGGUCAACUGCAGCAGGACUGCUGAUGGAAUUGAGAGGCCAUUCAUUCAUGAACAGGAGGUUCUAAACAUUUCAGCGUCCCGCGGUCAAUCCAGAGUUUUAAUGACCAUCCCAUCAUAUUGCUACAAUUCUAGUAUAGGAAAAAUGGAUUUGCACCCUUGGGAUUUUUACUUAGCAUGGCCAUAUCGGUUCUCAGACGUGCAGAACAAGUUCAUAAGCAUUGGUUGCAACUCAAUGGGAUACAUUUACACAGGCAAAUCGAGGUAUGUAGCAGGGUGUGUAUCGGUGUGUUGGAGCCCGGAAGAACUGGCAAAUGGCUCUUGUGUUGGCAUAGGCUGCUGCCAAAACACCAUUACCAAGGGAUUAACAAGCUACCAUGUCGUAUUCUAUGAUGUCGACUACCUCAACAGUACGACUAGUUGGCACUUCAACCCAUGCGGCUACUCCAUGGUGGUGGAAGCAGAGAAUUUUGUUUUCAACUCUGAGUAUAUAACCACGACAAGGUUCAAUGAUACCUACAAGGGGCGGCAACCAGUGGUGCUUGACUGGGCAAUUGGAAAUGUAACGUGUGAGGCGGCGAGAAGAAACAUGUCUUCCUAUGCAUGUCGGACCGGAAACACAGUGUGCGUGGAUUCACCCAAUGGCUUAGGGUAUCUAUGCAACUGCUCUAGCGGAUACCAAGGGAAUCCUUACCUCUCCAAUGGAUGCACAGAUGUCAAUGAAUGUGAGCAUAGUCCAAGUCCCUGCCCAAAGUCUGCAACUUGCCAAAACAUAGUUGGAGGAUACCAAUGUUCAUGUCCUUUUGGCGGUAAUUUUUCAAAGGAAACAAACUCCUGCACCAACGGAUUGAUAGGAGUUAUUAUUGGACUAAGUUGUGGUAUUGGGGUUCUAUUUAUUGCUUUAGUUUCAACUUUGUUGAUCCGAAGGUGGAACCAAGGCAUUAAAAUUAGAGUUCGAAAGGCGCACUUCCGGAGAAACAAAUGUCUUGUCUUGGAACAACUGAUCUCAUCCGAUGAAAGUGCCAUGCAUAGCACUAAAAUAUUUUCCUUGGAUGAGUUAGAGAAGGCAACCGACAAUUUUGACUCCGCACGCAUUCUAGGUCUUGGAGGGCAUGGUACUGUUUACAAGGGGAUUUUAUCAGAUCAGCGCGUGGUGGCCAUAAAGAAGUCCAAAAUGGUCGAUCAAAUAGAGAUUGAUCAAUUCAUCAACGAGCUUGCCAUUAUGUCACAAAUCAAUCAUCGGAAUGUGGUAAAACUUUUUGGAUGCUGCCUCGAGUCAGAGGUACCUUUGCUUGUGUACGAGUUCAUAUCCAACGGCACGUUGUCUGAAAUCCUCCAUGGUGACAACCUUAGUUCCAGGAUCUCGUUAACAUGGGACGAUCGUAUUAGAAUUGCUAGCGAGGCUUCAAGUGCUCUUGCUUACCUCCAUUCCGCUGCUUCUAUACCAAUCUUUCACAGAGAUGUGAAAUCUGCCAAUAUACUCUUGACUGAUAACGUAAGUGUAAAGGUUGCAGACUUCGGAGCUUCAAGAUCCAUCUCCAUUGAUGAAACUCGUGUAGUCACGGCAGUGCAAGGUACAUUUGGAUACCUAGAUCCCGAGUAUUACCACACAGGCCAGCUAACUGAAAAGAGUGAUGUUUAUAGUUUUGGUGUGAUAAUCGUCGAGCUCCUUACAAGGAAAAAGUCGAUCUUCCUUGAUUCCCAUGGUGAAAAUAAAAACCUAUGCCAUUUCUUUGUUCAAAGGCAACAAGAUAACACCAUCAUGGAGAUUGUUGAUGUUCAAGUUCUUGAGGAAGGUACGGAAAGGCAGAUUGACGAGAUGGCCUCCCUUGCGAUGGCAUGCUUAAAGCAUAGAGGAGAGGAGAGGCCUACCAUGAAAGAAGUGGAGCUAAGACUGCAGUCCAUGAGAGGGAAGAUGGUGAUGAAGAGAAAUCAUGAGUUAGAAAGGCAUGGUGAAGCUGUGACAUUGCUACCUUCAAAUUAUUCCAACUAUUUCAGCACUAGUUUUGGGGCUGCUAAUUCAUCAAAUCAAUGUGUCACUCGAUGUUGUACAAUGGAGCGAGAAUUAGUUUCUUGGACAGACCUACCUCGCUAAAUUGUCACAUUUUCCCUUCUUUUGAUAGAAAAAAUGCAUCAUUUUUUUCCUUUGUUCUACGUGCUAAAAUACCAAUUAGAUGAACUUUUCCGCUUUGUUCUUU